UUUAUUCAAUGAACGGUUGUACUUUGUGGCAUGAUCUCCCAUAUUACAUGGACAAAUGGUCUCAAAAUAUAAUAAUGAUCAAAUCACGAAAAGAAAAAAGAGAAGAUUUAGGGUGUAAUGGAGGCAUGGAGGUAGAUUAGGCAGCUAGGUUAAGGGCCGGGCUUAAUUGUAGCAGAACUGGACCCAACCUUCCAUGAAUUGAAUCCGGGUGGUGGUUGUGGGCUCAUUUUCGAUGGAUUUUAUUAGGCUCCAAGGUCAAUCUUCUCGUUUACUCUCCCCUCCAUCUUCUGUCAAUGCUUCCCGCCUGAACAUAUAUAUAUAUAUAUAUAUAUAUAUAUUUGGUUCAUCAAGAAGGGUCUUUUUUUCAUAUUUGAUAUUGGAUCUUGUCUCUCAUGUUUGAUUUUGGUUUUGUUUUGCGAUCAAAGAUUUUCCUAAACGAUUAAAAGUUUGAAUCUUUGGGUUUAGGUAUUUUAACUUUUUGGAUUUUCCUAAACGAUUAAACAUUGUUCGCCUAAAUUGCAGUUUCUUAGGCUAAGCGACCUUUAGUCUCACGGAUUUAUGUCUGUAUCUCGUCGUUGCAUCGAUUAUCUUAGUUAUCAAGCCAGGAACCUUCGAGCGAUUGCUUCAAUCAAAGUCCCGGUUAAAAAGCUUCAUAAACGUUAUGCCCACAUCCGCCAUUCGCUUGAAGAAUUGCCUCUUCGGGAUAGCAGUUCAUUUAAUGUUCAACUUGCCUCGUAUGUUCGCAGUGGCAACGUUCAAGCAACAUGGGCUCUCUUUUGUCACAUGCAUUUUUCAUUCUGUGACCUUAAUGCGUACACCUUUACCCCGGUUUUGAGUGCCUGCUCUGCUUUGCCGGGCACGAAAUAUGGAAAGCAAGUGCAUGGACUAAUGAUUAAAACAGGCGUGGAUGCCGGAACGGUAGCCAAAACUGCACUAAUGAACCUGUAUUCCAAGUAUCGAUGCUUGGGUGACUCGGUUAGGGCGUUUGAAGAAAUUGAACUGAAGGAUGUUGUAACUUGGAAUGCUAUGAUUUCGAGCUUUUUGAGGCAUGGUCUUGCUAAAGAAGCACUUCAUGUUUUUGCAACAAUGAGAAGGGAAAGAGUGAGGCUUAGCGAGUUUACGUUGUGUUCUGUGUUAAAAGCUUGUUCUUCUUUGAAGGCUUUUGCACAAGGAAAGCAGAUUCAUGGUUUGGUUGUUGUGUUUGGUUGUGAUUUAGUGAUUCUGAGUACUGCUCUCGUCGACUUUUACUCGGACAUGGAGCGUAUUAACGAUGCCCUGAAAGUUUUCUCCAGUUUAAAUGAUAGAAAAGACAAUGUAAUGUGCAAUUCUUUGAUCAGUGGCUGCAUUAAAAAUCGAAGGUACAAAGAGGCAUUUUCAAUUAUGAGUAAAAUGAGACCCAAUGUAGUUGCACUUACUAGUGCUCUAGGAGCUUGCUCUGAAAACUCCGAUUUGUGGAUUGGAAAGCAAAUUCACUCUGUGGCAUUACAUUUUGGGUUCACCGAUGAUACCCAAUUAUGUAAUGGUAUAUUGGAUAUGUAUGCAAAGUGCGGGAAGAUUUUGUAUGCAAGAUCAUUGUUUGAUGGGAUUUCAAACAAAUGCGUGGUUUCAUGGACGAGCAUGAUCGAUGCAUAUGGUAGUCAUGGAUAUGGGAUUGAAGCUCUCGAGUUAUUCAAGCUGAUGGAGGUGAACAGAAAUGGAGUUAUGCCCAAUUCUGUAACAUUUCUUGCUGUUUUAUCUGCUUGUGGGCAUUCUGGGCUAGUUGAAGAAGGCCGAAAGUGUUUUCAUUUAAUGAGGGAAAAGUAUGGUCUUGACCCGGAUCAAGAACAUUAUGCUUGCUUCAUUGAUGUUUUAGGUCGAGCUGGUCGAAUAGACGAGGCAUGGUCUCUCUUUGAUGGUAUGGUUAAGAAUGGUACAAAGCCUACAGCAGCAGUUUGGAUAGCACUGCUAAACGCUUGUAGUCUUAAUCAAGAUAUUGCCAGAGGCGAGAUUGCCGCGAAGCGUCUGUUGGAAUUGGAACCCGAUAAGCCCAGUAAUUACGUGCUUCUUUCGAAUUUCUAUGCAGCAGUUGGAAGAUGGGAUUCUGUUGAUAAGUUGAGAGAUGUAAUGAAGCAAAAAGGGCUCAAUAAAGAAGCCGGAAGUAGUCGAGUCACUGUUAAACCCCAUGACAAAACCGUUAUCAUCGGAGAAAGUCGUAUUGCCGGAGUAUUUCUUUGAAAAUGUACGAUCAGUUCCUUUCAUUUACCUUCUGUACUUUCUCUUAAAUAGAGUACAAAUUGUUUCUUUCUUUUUUGGUUGCA